CAUGAGCCAAUCUGUGGGUUUUAGGAGACUUUUGGUGAAGCAUGGAUUCCGCGUCCUGGUUAUUGACGAGUUCAAAACCAGCAAGUGUUGCCCGACCUGCCGUACGGAAAGCCUCAAGUCAUUUAAACUAGUUCCAAAUCCACGACCUUACCGACGAUAACAAAAUUCUUUGGUUCUUUGCCAUAGUCUUCUAAGGUAGGGUUACGCAUUUCAUGCCAAAGAAAAAAACCUUAAGCAAAUUACUAAUAAUAUUUUCAUUUCGGUUAAGAUGUACCAAUCAAACUUGUACGAGGGACC